AUGGCCCCGAGAUCUCCAGAGUGGCCCCAGGUGAAAGUGCUCCAGGACUCUCUUCACAUGUACUUAGAGGUGGGGGCGGGCUGGGGGAGAGGGCUGGGGGGUGUCCAGGCGGCUGCUGCUGCUGCUGGUGGUGGUGGAGGUAGCAGUCUUUCCUCUCUCAUUUGUCAGUGUCCAUUAAAGGUGAAGCGGGGCCGCCUGCCUGACCGCGGGCUAUCGAGCUGCUGCGCUCCACUGCCCACACCGGUCAGAGCUCGCCUCGUUCAGACUCGCUCUGGUCAGGCCUCACAGAACCGCACACUGAAGAGAAGACCCACUGAGGAGCUGUCUGACACUUUCUAG